UGCGUAAUAUCUAUACAGCGUGUGUUUUCUAAUUAUGGAUCGUAAACAUAUGGCAAAUAAGGGAAAGGGCUUUAUAAAGGGCCAUAAGACUCCCAAAAACAAUGACAAGUAUAAGAAAUUCAUUGGAAAUAGAUCAGAAGGACAAGGAUUUGCUGAUAAAAGGAAGAAGAAGAUUCAGUAUGAAUAUAUGAAAAUGUUGAAGAAAGAGAAACUGAAGGAAAGACUUAAGCAAGCAAUAGAUAAACAUGAACUUGGGCAAGGAACAAGUAUUAAAGCCCCCAAACAUGGUAACAUAGAUAAAAUAAAAGAGGAACAGAAAAAUGAGAAAGAAAGUGAACAUUUUCCAAAGGCAAGUUCUAGUUCUAAAGAUAUAGAAAGAAUUCAAACAAAGCCAGGAAACAGGAAGAAGGCAUAUGAUAGAAGUAAAACAGAAGACUCAAAGGCAAAACCAGUCUGGAAUACAGAAAGACACCAAAAACUGUUCAGGAAAGGUGAUAAGAAAGGGAGAGAAGUAACAACACGAUUUUCUAAAGCAGCUCAGGAACAUAAACAGAGAAAAGAAAUGAAGAUGAAAAAAAUGCUGGACUACAGUGAAAACAGGAAGAAACGUGAUGAGGCACUUGGGGCUUAUCAAAAGCGGAAACAAGAAACUUUCAAAAAGAUUUGUAAAAAAACUCAUAAAGGACAACCUGUAAUGAAAAAUCAGAUAGAGUACUUACUUCAGAAAAUUGAAAGACAAGUAAAUCAAAGAUAAAAGUUGA